AUGGGCGACCAGGAACUGAUAACGCCCCAGUCGAUGGGUCGCCCGUCCGACGAGGCUCUGAGAGAUGAACCGUCCACCACCGCGCCCAUGGCCAGCACAAAUCACCCGGCCGAAAAUGGGUCAGAAUCGCGACCCGACUCUCCUACUGCUGAGUCGCCACCCAGUGAGUCGGGGACAAAGCCAACCGUCCCCAUGCAGAAACGACGACGGGUGACUCGAGCCUGUGAUGAGUGCCGGCGCAAAAAGAUCAAGUGUGAUGGCAAACAGCCUUGCACGCACUGCACCGUCUACAGCUACGAAUGUACAUAUGAUCAACCUUCGAAUCGAAGGCGAAAUCCUGCGCCACAAUAUAUCGAGGCUUUGGAGCAGAGGCUGCAGAAAGCCGAGUCAGUCCUACGCUCAGUCUUACCGGGGCUUGAUCUGGACGAUCCCAAGUUUGACGUGCGGACCGUGGAACAGCUCAUCGAGGCAGGUCGUGCAAACACCGGCGCCACCGCCCCCGCCAACGCAGGUGCCAAUGUCGAUGUCAAUGUCAACGGCAAUGGGACUGGCAGUGGAACUGCAAAUGCAAAUGCGAGACCAGCCGCCGACCCGCCAAAAGCCGAUGAUGAUGCUCAACUCCAAUCGAUGGUCGACCGGACCGGCACUCUCGAUCUUGACGAUCAUGGCAAUUGGGACUUUCAUGGUCAUUCCUCUGGCUAUGUCUUUAUGAGAAAAUUUCGGGCGCAGUUUGGCGACCAGUUUCUGUCCGAAUACCGCCAUCCCAGCAAGAACCGCACAAUAGCGCAGGUCCUCGAGUCACCCAAGUCAGCAAACUCGUCACCGAUCGACUUCAACCUCUCUCACCACAUUGAUCUGCCUCCCCGAGAGGUGGCUGUGGAGUUGUGUCGCAAUACCCUUGACGACUGCUGCGCUCUCAUGCGCCCAAUUCAUCGACCGACAUUCUUCAAGCGACUUCACGCCGUCUACGACACUGAUCCCGAGCAAUAUAACAAUCGUCAUGUUCAAUUCCUGCCUCAACUCUAUGUGGUCAUGGCUGUCGGGUGCCUGUUUUCCAAGACGGAGAAUGACAACACCAUGCUGGACCUGAAAGGUUACAAGGAGGCCAUAGAACAGGGAUAUCAAUACUUCAGCACCGCCAAGCAACUGCUCGACAUUACGGAUUGCAGGGAUUUGGUGACUAUCCAAGCCAUCGUCUUCAUGAUCCUCUUCUUGCAGUCUUCGGCCAAAUUACCUACCUGUUACGCAUACAUUGGCAUUGCCCUGAGGGCGUGUUGUCGGCUGGGCCUGCACCGCAAUCUGCCCAUCAAUUUCAAUCCCAUCGAGUUGGAAGAACGAAAGCGAAUAUUCUGGCUGGUGCGCAAAUUGGACUGUUACGUGGGCGCUGUACUCGGGCUCCCACAGAUGUUGAGCGAAGACGACAUCGACCAAGAAUAUCCUGCCGAGGUCGAAGACGAUUACAUCACGGAGCAAGGAAUCUUGCCUAUGCCGGCGGGCACAUUUCCUCUGUUGAGGGCAACGAACGCUCAUACCAGGCUGACGAUGCUUCUGCGAAAGGUCGUUCGGUAUAUCUAUCCGCUGAAAACGCCGGGAAACCCCAAGACCGAGCCGGUCUAUAGUAUCAGCCACAGGAAGAUCCGUGAGCUUGAAAGGGAUCUGCAGAACUGGAUGGACCAACUGCCGAGCGAGCUAAGGCCUUCGGACAAUGCUGGACGGGACCUGUCACGGGUGCAACAACAUCUACGAAUAAGCUACGCUCACGUGCAGAUGAUGCUCUAUCGGCCGUUUAUACAUUAUGUAUCACAAGCAUGUCAAGCGCGCAACGUGGACAAGAGGAGCUUUGCUUGUGCGGCGGCGUGUAUCAGUGUUGCACGGAACAUUGUUCACAUCACCAGCGAGAUGAAGAGGCGAGGUUUGUUGGUGGGUGCGUACUGGUUUGUCAUGUACACGACGUACUUUGCCAUCCUGUCGCUCGUCUUCUUCGUCAUUGAGAAUCCGAACAAUCCCACCAGCACCGAGAUCCUGAAAGAUGCAAAGGAAGGACGUGACACGCUGGCAAGUCUUGCGAAGCGAAGCAUGGCUGCCGAUCGGUGUACACUCAGCCUGACGGGUCUUUUUGAUGUUCUUCCCGAGAAACUAAAGGAGCGGCGAAGUUCGCUCAAUUUUGCUCCAGCAAACAGUCGAAAGCGACCGCCCCCAGGUCCCGAAGCAGGGCCACAGCAGGAGAGAUCAAAUGCCGGCGAAGUGAGCAACCAAGUCACUCCCCGAGAACACUCGGCCACGCCCAGUCGAGCAAGGACGUUGCCCUCGGACUAUCUGGCCAAACUGGCCAAGAGAAACUCUCUCCCCGACCCGGUCAUGUCGAGUUUCUCUGAGCACGUGCAGAAUGCUCAGCUCGUAGGAUUUCAAAGCCCCUCGACGUCGACCCCCAUGUCGCCCAACUAUCAAUAUACGCCGCAACUAGGGAAUGCACAAAUACCGGACUUGAAGAAUGUCAUGUUCCCGAGCGACAAUCCCUUUGCCUAUCCCAAUCCCCCAAUGAGUGCGCUCGAAUCGACCGACGGGCAUUACCCGUUCUCCGAAGCCAGCAUGACACCCAACGAGACGAACCUUUUUGGUACGCCGAGCAGUAGCAGCCAUCUGAUGCCCAUCCCGACCCCCCAUUUUGGGAGCUACGAUUAUCCAUUUCCGCAAGGCUUGAGUGAAAGCCCCAGCUUGACACAGCAGUUCGGCACCCAGACCGGACGAGACUAUAACACGCCCUUUACAGACAUCCUGAUGCACAAUUCGCUCGGAAGCGACAUGAAUCAUCUAGGCGGCGGCGUCCCGAAUACGACAGAAUCGAUGAACGUGGGAGGCGAAGCCAGUGCGUCGACCAAUGCAGACGAGUACUGGAAACAUAUGAAUGGCGGCCAGAUCGGGGUAGGGGCUGGCCUGCCACAGGGAGUGCAGGCGAACCUGGAUUACUUUGGCACCGAGAGCUGGAACCCGGGAUGGGUCGAGCAGCAUUACGGCAACACGCAGCAUUGA